AUGGAACCCUCGAGUAUACGUGGACCUGUUGCGAAGCCAGCCACAUUGGACCUCAGAACCAAGCACUACUUGGCAAGGCUUGCCCUGUCUUGUAACCUUCCAGAGUUCGUCUUACUCCUUCAGCACCUUACCGACAUUUUCAGAACACAAGAAAGCAUCAUCAUAGCUCCAAACGACCGAAAACCAGACACAAUGCCAGCUCAACCCGAUGUUGAAAUGCAAUAUCAGAGCCCGGCUGCCACGAUGUGCCAAGAGCAGCCAAGCAACGACUCCCCUGCCGAGCAACAGGUACGAUGA